AUGAAGGUUAUAUCAUUAGUUUUGGUCGCCUGUCUUGGAAGCGCAAUAGCACUUCCUCGGUCUCGAUAUGAGCCCAUUGUGACGGACUACCAUGGUUCUGUAGGUAUUCCCCGCGCCACACUCAUUCGUCAAGCUGAACUUGCCGAAGACUUUGAUGGUGGACGCAUCGUUGGAGGGCAACCAGCCGCCCUUGGGGCUCACCCACAUAUUGCGGGGAUCCUGGUUGCGCUGUCAUCUGGACAAACUUCGAUGUGUGGUUCAUCCAUUCUAUCAAACACGCGCUUAGUAACGGCGGCUCAUUGCUGGCGCACCAGAGACUUCCAAGGUGUUUCCAUCACUGUCGUCCUCGGGUCCACUCGUCUCUUCUCCGGUGGAACACGUAUAACAACAAGGGACAUUGAACUGCAUUCAGGCUACAACCAGGCCUACCUUAAUAAUGACAUUGCUAUUAUCAGAAUCAACCGAGUUGCUUUCAACAAUAACAUACAGUCAAUCGCUCUGCCGUCGGGUCUGCUGGAACACAUGACAUUUGUUGGAAACCGUGCUACAGCUGUUGGUUACGGCAGGUUGCAAGACGGCGGUGCCAACAAUAAUGAUGCUCUACACCAGGUUUCGCUCAUAGUCAUUGAGAACUUCGUGUGUACCGAUAUUUAUGGACCAAAUGUUAUCAUCGAUUCCACUCUGUGCACGAGUGGAACGGGCCGUGUUGGUACCUGUACAGGAGACUCCGGUGGUCCACUCGACUUUGCCUUCCAAGGCGUUCGUAACCUGAUCGGUGUGACGUCGUUUGUUGCGGGCCGUGGAUGCCAAGCUGGUCUUCCAGCUGGUUUCGCUCGUGUGUCAUCUUUCACCAGCUGGCUCCGAGCUCGUCUAUAA